AAUAAAGGUAUAUUAUAGCUGCAACACAGAGAUGUUUACGUAGUGCAUAAAUGCACCAUUGACAUAUAUGCAAUAUUGUGAUUUUACUACUAUAAUAUUGCAGGGUUGAAUGUAUAACUCCAGUUCUACGAAAAAAAAAAUAUGAAUUGCAAAACAAUGUGUAAUCUCUGAAAGAUUUUGCAACAGUGGGUCAGUCCAAGCAUAUGAGCAAACCAUGCGUAAAGGAGCAUCAUAAGAUUAGUACGCAAUAACCUGCAAGGAUGUGAAAGUGUGUGCAAUCGCACAUAUUGUACUAAUGAAACAUUUUGGUUGUGUACCCUUCUUUUUGUCAUAUUUCUUUUUCACACUGUUCCAUGUAACAAUGUACUUUGCUAGUUCUUCUUUGCAUGCCUUUUACGUAGAAUUCGGCUUGUUGCCAAACUCAUUUAGUAUUUCCUGUUUCAUCUUUCUCACUACUAGACCCACAGAAAACCUCCAGUGCGGCAGAGAGAUAGUCAUCUGUACUUCCACAACUAAGAUGACCAAUGCGACUACGUCCAGUUCCUCGCUGCCCGUGAGCCAUCAAGUUGGGAUCUGGCUCCUGUCACUAGCCUUUCUUGCGGGCGUCCCUGGGAACUUGUUUGUCGUGUGGACAAUUGUAUUCCGUGUGGCACGCCGCUCACUUACCUGCCUACUGGUGCUCAACCUGGCAGUGGCUGACGCCCUGGUGCUGCUCAGCGCACCGUUCUUUCUUCACUUUCUGGCUGCGGGGCGUGGCUGGCUGUUCGGGGAAGGGCUGUGCAAGACUGUGCACUACCUGUGCUGUGUGAACAUGUACGCCUCCAUCUACCUGAUCUGCCUGAUGAGUCUGGAUCGCUGGCUGGCUGUGAUACGACCUUUCCUCUCUCAGCGGUUGCGCACCAAACGCACACUCUGGGCUCUCCUCCUGGGAUUGUGGACCUUGGCCUUUCUCUUCGCCUUGCCCAUGCCCUUCUACCGUAGUAACCUCCAGCCAUUUAUAAAGAAAAAUAUCUCCAUCUACAUAUGCAUGCCGUAUCACUGGGGAAGCGUGAAUCAUGAAGUCUUCCAGUACCUGUGGGAGACGCUACUUGGCUUCCUGCUACCGUUCUGCCUCAUCGUGGGGUGUUACGCCUCCAUCAUCUACCGCCUGCGCAGUGCCAUGUUCCAGCGCAAGGGCCGAGGAAGCCGCCUCAUCCUCAUAAUCAUGAGUGCCUUUGCGCUCUUUUGGGCUCCAUAUCACCUCGUCAAUAUCCUACAGGUGGUAGGAAAACUACAGGAUUUAUCCUCCAUAAAGAACUUUGCAGCGGCAGCCCGGCCCAACGUCACGGCCUUUGCCUUUCUCAGCAGCAGUGUGAACCCCAUCCUCUACGUCUUUGCCGGCAGCUCAUACAUCCGCAAUGCAGGACUAGGUUUCAUGGCCAAACUGUUUGAUGGCACCAAUUCAGAGGGGAGUGGGUCCUUUAGCCGUAGCACACGCUCCAGCCGCAGCGGCUCCUCUGGCGAGACCACUACCUUGCGCAAGCUGUCCCUCCGAUUUGGUUUUAAGACUGGUCGGGACGAGUGGGCGGAGCCUAGUGUACAGACAGACCCUCGUCUGAAGGCGGAGACAGACGCGAAGGUGGAGCUAAAGACAAUGACCACGACGGAGCAGAUCUAAGAUUUUUUCCCCCUAUUUUAAUGUAAACAUUCAUGCUACUCGUAAAUUUAUCUUUAUUGCAGAAAAGUAUUUAUUUGUAGUACAGCGUUUAAAAAACAGAAAAAGAAUGCCGCUUCUUAGAAUUCUGUGAAAUUAGGAAUGCAGAAAAAUGUAUUUUUGUAUAUCUCAGUGUAUUUUUUUACGUGGAAUUUUUUCAACAUUUGAUUUUCAUUAAAAUAUAUACUUAAAAUAUA